UGCCUCGCAUUGCUUCUCUUCAAUAUACACAAAGGUGUCUGUGAUGCUAGUGUGCGCUGGUUGAUUAAUUUCUCACCUUCUCCGUCUCGCGUGGAAUAAGCAUCCUUUCUCUGAAGCAGACGGUCCGCUCUGACAAGUUCUCAAAGGAUAUUGCCCAGAUCUUCAAACUAAAGACAGCAUUUCGAUUGUUUUGAACUCUCUGGUCAUAUUGUAAGGACUGCCUGACCAUAUCGCUUAGUUACGUUCUCUGUAACAUGAAAUUAACUUGAUUGAACAAAAUAAUAUUUCGGAGCAUUUUAUUUCUGUUAAAUUCAAAGAAAAACAUUCGCGUCAGAAGGGACUGCAAUGCCUGACAAAACAAUGAUGAAGAAAGGAAUGGUGACCAAAAUUCAAACGCGAAUAAAGGCACACGAGUCUUUCAAGAACAACUAUGACCUUGUAGGAAAGGAGUUGGGCAGGGGCAAGUUUGCCGUGGUCAAGAAGUGCAUGGAGAAGGCCACCGGGAAGAUGUACGCCGCCAAGUUCCUGCGCAAGAGGCGCAAGGGCGAGGACGCCCGCGGAGACAUCCUGAACGAGAUCGCCGUGCUGGAGCUGGCCAAGUCCAACCCGUACGUGGUGGCGCUGCACGACGUCUACGAGUCCGCCAGCGAGAUCAUCCUCGUGCUGGAGUGCGCUGCAGGCGGCGAGAUCUUCGACCAGUGCGUCGCCGACAACGACGAGGCCUUCACCGAGGAGGACGUCGUCCGAUUGGCUCGCCAGAUCCUCGCGGGUGUGGCAUUCCUGCACAGGAACAACGUCGUCCAUCUCGACCUGAAGCCCCAGAACAUCCUGUUGACCAGCGCUCAGCCCCUUGGGGACAUCCGGAUCGUGGACUUUGGCCUGUCCCGCCGCAUGGACUCCCUGACGGAGGUGCGGGAGAUCCUGGGCACUCCGGAGUAUGUAGCUCCUGAGAUCUUGAACUAUGAACCCAUUAGCACCGCAACAGACAUGUGGAGCAUUGGGGUGCUGACCUACGUCAUGCUGACCAAAGAGUCGCCCUUCCAGGGGGAGAACAAGCAGGAGACCUACCUGAACAUCUCCCAGGGCAUCGUGGACUACUCCCAGGACGUGUUCGAGGGCGUCUCCACCCUGGCCAUCGACUUCGUCCAGGCGCUGCUGCACACAGACCCAAGAAAGCGGGCCACAGCUGAGGAGUGCCUGAGCCACCCCUGGCUGAGCGGUCACUCUCCCCACGUCCACGCCGCCGUCCCCCCCGCCCCCCCGGUGCCGGCCCGCGUGCCCCUGGAGCCGCUGGACGAGACCAGCCAGUCCGAGUCGGAGCCCGAGAGUCCCGUGCCGGCGCCCCAGCUGCUGGUGGUGCCCUCGUCGUUCGCCGCCUUCCCCGGCCAGGGCGAGCUCAAGUCCGGCCGCGACGCCUUCAGCUUCACCGAGCCCUUCCCCUCCCGACAGGAGAUCCAGCAGGAGGUCCUCUGCUGAGCAGCCAAUCAGCAGAGGGCUCCAUUAGCACAGCGGCCAAUGGGGUUCCCUGAUGAUGAACUGUGACUGACUGAUUUGUGCCUGUGUGGUGUGCGGUGCAUGGCUGACAGUGUUGCGGCGUGGACUGCGCCCGUCCGCCUUUCUGCGUGAAUGUGAUGAGGCCUGACCCCUGACCCCAACCUCUCUCCUCUGAGCACACGGCUGGGCCUGCGUGGUGCCCUAGAGACUCGCAACGUUUCUAAAGCCUUCAUACGCCGUUUGUAAAACCUUAAAUAGCAGCUGACCUGAAGAAGGAAAGACUUGAACAGAAAUGAAGACCGUUUUGAAAGGUUUGAAAAUAAAAAAAAGCCAUGUGAUGGCUUUUAAAAAUGCACUCAAGUAUUCACAUUCACCCAUUUCUGAAAGAGUCCUGUCAUUCCUGUACGGGGGAAGUGGAGGUGGUGGGCUGAGUUCUUUUAAGAUGAGGCCUUGAUUGAAUUUUCCGAUAGCCUUACAGUUUGAAAUCCAUUUGGAUGAGAAGUAUGAUUGCAAUGGUGAUGAUGAAGGAUGGUGAAGAGUUAGGCCAUUUAGAGGUCUCCAGGAUACCAGUGAAUGUUAGAGGAAUCUGUCAAGAAGAUUCAUGGCCUUCAUCUGUUUAAUAGUCCACUGGUGACACCCCCCUCCCAUCCACAUUCACCAUUUAAAAUGAAAAAUCUACAAGCACUUUUAUUUAAAUUGUAUAAUUUUAUAGUUUAAACAAAUGUUGAGGCGUCCUUUGCCAAAGACGUGAUGACAUGGUUCAGACAAGCACAAAAUAAUAGUUGUUAGAGGUGUCCAUCCACACAUAUGUAUAUAACCAUACACACACACCACUGUCUCCUAUUAUUCGGAGUGUCCACCAAGUCUCAGAGUUGCAGGUUUUUGAUUUAGUUGUUGUUUUGUUUUGUCAUGUUUUGCUGUUGUUGCACAUGUGACCUGUACUCACAGCUUGGGUUGAAGUGUUUUCACGCACGCUUUUGAACUCGUGCUCCUGUCUGAUCCAAGCGUUUAUUUCUUGAACCUCACUUGCUGAUCAUGUAGAAGAAAUAAAAAUAAAUAAAUAGAAAUAAAAAAAGACGCAAGAAACAAGAUGGCCACCUCAGGAAGUCUACUGUACUUGUUGUGCUGUUUUCUGUUGACUGGGUGGCCCAGAUAUGUGUUGAUUAGGAGGUGUAUAUACAGCUGUCGCUGACUCUGGAGUGGCUAGCUGAGCAAUGACUUGCAUGAGAGAGAGCGAGAGAGCAGUGAGGUGACUUAAGUGCUUAACCUGGGAGAUUCUCCGCAUUGAGAAGAAAGUGAGAAAGCGUCUGCUUUUGGAUAUUUCCUCUCAAGUAAGAAGUCAAAUGUAUAUUUUGUGUGUGUUUUUUUUUCUGUUUUAAGAUGAAUUGUGUAAAAAGUAUUUUUCUAUUGUGGCAUUAUACUGUAAGGAGUGAUAAAAUGGUAUUAAAAUUGUAUUAAGUUUCUUUUUUUUACUCUUUUCUUUCCCUGAUGUUUGCUUUUAAGCUUCAAACAGGUUUGCACUUAGUGGAAGUCCUGAUCUUAAUAUAAAUAAAUGUUAAUGGCAUGCAUCAAAAAUAAAUUUUGUAUGAAACAAG